AUGCCAGUCCCUCUUCCCAUCAUCCUCCCCGCGGCGGCCGCCUCCCUGGCCUACUUCAACGCCAAAAGCAGCUUCUGGUACGACGCAGCGCUCAUCAAGAGCUUGGUCAAAGCCGCUCUUCGUGUCCGUCAUGGCCUCAAGCACGACACAAUCAACCUCUUCUACACCCUGGAAAGCUCCGCCCAAAGCGCUCGCCUCGCCAACCAGCCGUUUCUCAUCUUUGAGGGUAGGACGCACACAUACGCUCAGGUCUACGACAGGAUUCUGCGGUAUGGCCACUGGAUGAGAACCCGACUCGACGUCAAGCCCAAGGACAUUGUGGCCAUGGACUUUGAAAACUCAGACACCUUCGUCUUCGUGUGGUUCGCGCUGUGGUCGAUAGGCGCCAAGCCGGCCUUUAUCAACUACAACCUGUCUGGGAAGCCUCUAGCGCACUGCAUCAAGGCAGCAAGCACAAAGCUCUGUCUCAUAGAUCCUGCCGUGGCCUCCAAUUUCGACGAUGAGAGCUUGAAGCAGUCUUUGCCCAAUGUCAACUUUGCCGUCUUCACGCCGGAGGUAGAGGCCGAGGCCGCAUCGACAGCUCCUGAGAGAGCCCCCAAUUCAGAUAGAUCAGAUGACAGCAUGGCUAACAUGGCGAUGCUCAUCUACACCUCAGGCACCACAGGCUUGCCUAAGCCAGCAGUGGUGGCAUGGGGGAAAUGUAUCUAUGGCGGAAUCAUGGCAUCGACGCUGCUGGGCCGUGGUAAUGGCGACAUCAUGUACACUUGCAUGCCCCUAUAUCAUUCAUCCGCCUCCCUCCUUUCCUUCUGCGCAACUCUCGUGUCCGGCUCAACUCAAGCCCUAGGCCGCAAAUUUUCUACCAAGACCUUCUGGGACGACUGCCGCGCUUCCAAGGCCACGUCGAUCCAGUAUGUCGGCGAGACGAUGCGCUACUUGCUAGCCGCGCCUCCGCAGCUGGACCCUGUCACCGGCGAGAACCUGGACAAGAAGCAUCAUGUCCGUGCUGCCUUCGGCAACGGCCUCCGUCCGGAUAUCUGGGACCGAGUCAAGGACCGCUUCGGCAUCGAAACCAUCGCCGAGUUCUACGCCGCCACCGAGUCGCCAGGCGCCGCAUGGAACGUCAGCAGCAACGACUUUAGCCGUGGUGCCAUCGGCCGCUCCGGCUGGCUGUACUCUCUUCUAACGGGCAGCGGUGCGGCCAUUGUCGAGGUCGACUGGACCACCGACGCACCGGCACGCGAUCCCGAGACCGGCCGGUGCCGUCGCGUCAAACCCGGCGAGCCUGGCGAGAUGCUCUACCGCCUACCACCCGAGGAUAUCCAGCAGCGCUUCCAGGGUUACUUCAACAACAAGGGCGCCUCCGACUCCAAGAUCCUGCGUGACGUCUUUGCCCCCGGCGACGCUUGGUUCCGCUCCGGCGACGUCCUUCGCCGCGAUGCCAGCGGCCUGACCUUCUUCAGCGAUCGCAUCGGCGACACCUUCCGGUGGAAGUCGGAAAACGUGUCCACCACCGAGGUCAGCGAGGUCGUGGGUCUCCAUCCGGCCGUCCGCGAGGCAAACGUCUACGGCGUCCAGCUGCCGCAUCACGAUGGCCGCGCCGGCUGUGCCGCCAUCUGCUUCGACACCCCAGUGCCCGACGAGGCCACGCUGCGCAGCCUGGCUGCUCACGUCAAGGCGUCACUGCCACGGUAUGCUCGCCCCUUGUUCCUACGCCUCGUAAAGGAAGUGGGCGUCGGAAGCCAGACCACGGGAACAAAUAAACAGCAGAAGCAGAACCUGCGAGUCGCCGGCGUGAAGCCGAAGAUGAAAUCAGCAAUCAAGGCAGAGGACAGCAACGGCGAGGUUCUGUACUGGCUCAGGGGUAAUACGUACGUCCCCUUUAGGGAGAAGGAGUGGAGAGAGCUCGAAGGAGGGAGAGUCAAGCUAUAG